AUGGCGAGCUCAGAUGAAGGAACGUCGUUAGGAAGCAAGUACCAAGUGUUUCUAAGCUUUAGAGGACCCGAUACUCGUGUUGGAUUCACCGACGUCUUAUUUCAUAGCUUGACCGACACUGGAAUAUGCGUCUUCCGAGACGAUGAAGAGGUUCGUGCCGGUGAAAGGAUCGAUGGAUCACUUCAGCGAGCGAUUGACAACUCUAGGAUCUACAUACCCGUCUUCUCUCGGACCUAUGCUUCGAGCCAAUGGUGCCUCCGCGAGCUCGUGCAGAUCGUGGCAAACACUUCCAUAUCGGAAGGUAAAAAAGAGAUACUACCUAUUUUCUUCGAUGUGGAACCCGAUGAUGUUAAGUUGAAAACUCCGUUGUAUCAUGAUGCCAUACUAAAUUUGGAGCGUGAGAAGAAGUUGAGCACUGAGCAAGUAGAUGCUUGGAGAAAGGCUCUUAUGGAGGUUGAUGCAAUAAAGGGGUGGGAAGUGAAGAAGUACAGAGGCUAUGUCGAUGUGAUUAAAUUGGUAGUUGAGGAGGUCGUGAAAAAGCUGAAGAUAAAACAUAGAUCUGUGACUGAAAAUUUAGUUGGAGUUGAUGAUCGAGUGAUGGCAGUAAAUGAAUUGUUAGACAUUGAUACGGCGGUGUGCGGCUCCUUGGAAUUUAUGGCAUGGGAGCGAAGUCGUCAAGUCCUAAUGGCGUAA